UUUAUAAUAUCCAUGCAUGUGUCUCAUAUGCAAAUAUGCAGCAAAACAACAACAACAAGAACAACAAUAAAAACAAAAAAAAACAAUUUGAAAAAAAAGGGUGACAAAUGGAUGGAGCAUGCAUUCAUACAUCUUAAUUACUGCCUCCUAAUUUAAUUUCCAACAUGCAAAUAAAAGACAUGCAAACCAGUAGGCCACAAUACAAGCAUCACAAAAUACAGAUACGAUAAUAUAUAUACAUCGAUCAAGUAUGUAAUUAAUUAACAUGAACCGAAACAGAUUGAGCUCUUACAGUACAUUAAGCCAAAAAUAUGAGUGAAAGACAGUUAAAAGUAUUGAUGUACCCAUGGUUAGCCAUGGGCCAUAUAACUCCAUAUUUUCAUCUUGCUAACAAACUUGCCCAAAGAGGCCAUAUGGUCACAAUCUUGAUCCCUAACAAAGCCAAGUUUUUGGUUCAAUCUUCAAACCACCAUCCAUCAAAUAUAACCCUCCAUACAAUCACCAUCCCUCAUGUUCAUCCACUCCCUCCGGGGACGGAAACCGCCUCGGACAUUCCCUUCCACCUUCAAACCCACCUCGCCACCGCUCAAGAUCUCACCCGUCCUCAAUUUGAGUCUAUCCUUGAUACAUUCCAACCUCACCUUGUCUUUUAUGACUUCACCUACUGGGUCCCGGAGGCAGUAUCUGCCUCCGGGUCUCAGGCCAAAUGUGUGGCUUACUAUAUAGUCUCUGCCGCGGCCUUAGCCUUUAGGAUGGUCCCAUUUCGGGACCCACCAAAGGGUAAGGCCGCGGUCAAUGAUGAUGACCCGUGCGUAGCUUGUGCUCCGCCUGGGUAUCCAUCGACCACGAUUAUCCUCAAGCCAAAGAGAAUGCUAGGUUUGUACGUACCAUUCGGCGAAGGGGUUACAUUCUACCAACGGAUCACCACCUCGCUCAAGUGUAGCGACGCCAUUGCUAUGAAGACAUGCCGAGAGAUAGAAGGCAAGUAUUGUGACUACUUGUCAAGCCAGUAUAAUAAGCCCGUCCUACUCUCGGGCCUAGACCUUCCCAAGCCCGAUGAGUUGGAGCUGAAGGCCUGUUGGGCCGAGUGGCUGAACAAAUUUCACCCUGGGUCGGUUAUAUUCUGCGCCUUCGGGAGUCAAGUCAUGCUUGACUUGUCUCAAUUCCAAGAGCUAUUACUCGGGUUUGAAAUGACAAAACUACCCUUCUUAGUCGCAUUCAAGCCCCCCACGGGGUGCGCAACCGUAGAGGAAGCGUUCCCCGAGGGGUUUGUGGAUAGAGUCAGGGAGUUCGGGUUAGUGACGGGUGAGUGGGUUCAACAACCUCAAAUACUCGCGCACCCGUCGGUCGGGUGCUUCGUGAGCCAUUGUGGAUCCGGUAGUAUAUGGGAGUCUAUGUUGAGUAAAAACCAGAUGGUGUUGAUACCACAGUUGCAAGAUCAAGUUUUGUUUACUAAAAUAUUUACAAAGGAGUUGAAAGUGGCUGUUGAGGUACAAAGAGGAGAGGAUGAGUUGUGGGUGUCAAAGGAGAGUUUGUGUAAAGCUGUCAAAUCUGUGAUGGAUGAUAAUUCUGAAAUUGGUGGUUUGGUCAAGAAGAAUCAUGAAUUUUGGAGGCACAAAUUAGUCCAACCUCAGUUUAUGAGUGGUUAUAUUGAUCAUUUCAUCAAGGAUUUGCAUGCACUUGUUAAUUAAGAGGAAUUUUGAGAUGUUAUAUAUACUGGCUCGGUCUAGCUAGGCCCA